AUGGACGAUGAGUUGAAUAAAGUGAACCAGAGCGAAUUGGCGGACGAUGAUGAAGUGUUGCCGCUGUCUGUGGAUUUCUGGGAGACUGCACAAGCUGUAGUCGAAAAUUUGAUUGGUGAAUAUAUCGCGGAAGAUGGCAGCACACCAAACAGUGUUAUGCAAAAACCGAGCACUGCACUGGCUGAGAAAACCAUAUUGUUUCGAUUUGAAGCUUCCGCCUGUGCAACUCAAUCCGGUCAAGCUGUUAAACAGAUUCAGUCACUAAUCUGUCCUCCGUCACCAUGGAAUAUCACAGUCAUCUAUCCGCAACUCGAGGGAUUCUGUAGUGAACUUGAGAACGAUGUGCACGUGAAAAACCCCUGCCGUUUGCGCAGCUUUCUGCACUCAUUCAUUAUUAAUGUUUUCAUUGAUCAGUUCAAGUGCAAACUGGAAGGAUUAGCUGAGCAGGCGAUCAGUGAUCAGGACGCUUGGCGUGUUCUCGUGCAUUAUCCGAAUCCAGUAAGCUUCUUAUUUCGACCUUUUUCUUUCAUAUUUUCUUUUUUUGCGUUUUUUUAA